UGGUUGUUCUGGAAGCCAUCUUUGAAGGUCUUAGAAGUGGCAAUGGGAGAACAUUUUAUACAAGUUAGAGUUGAGGGCAUACAGGAGGUGUUGGUGACUGUAGUUUAUGCCCCAAACAAGACUCUGCAAAGGACUCUUAUGUAUGCUGAACUGCUUGCAAAGUGUCAGCAUGGGAAACCUGGACUGUUUAUGGGGAAUUUUAAUGCAAUUGCUGAAGUGUCCAAUAUGACAGUUCUGACUCAAAGUUGUUUGGAGUUUAGGCAAUGGAUAGCUGAUAUGAAGCUAGUUGAUCAUGUUGUGCAGGGUUCCUGGUUGACUUGGUGGAAUAAACAGGAAGCAAACCGAAUUGCUAAGAGGCUUGACAGAUUCCUAGUUAGUGGAGAGUGGCUGGAUAUUUUCACAAAUAGUGUGGCUCAUACUUUAUCACCUGGUGUAUCGGACCAUUGUGGAUUGUUGAUGGAUUCUUGUCCAGAAAUUGAAUCUCUUCCGAAGCCUUUCAAGUAUUUCAAAAUGUGGAGGCAACAUCCACAGUAUGAGGGGCUGGUAUUAGAAGCAUGGGAAGAGGAUGCUUAGGGGCUCACUAUAAACAGUUUAUAUGAAGUUGAAAGUUCUUAAAGAUAAAUUGAAGAAGUUGAAUCGAGAAAGCUAUUCUGAUAUCUCUACUCGUGCGAGAGAGGUUGAAUUGGAGUUGACUCGCGGGCAAUCUGAAGUUCUGCUUUUUCCUAAUGAAGACAAUGUUGUACUUGAAUUGGAGCAAGCUGCUAUCUGUAGUGAAAUACUGAAGGCAGAGGAGAGUCUAUACCGCCAGAAAUCUAGAGUCAGAUAUGUGCAGGAGGGUGAUGCAAAUACAGCCUACUUCUAUAGGUUGGUGAAAGUCAGGAAUCACAAGCAAUCUAUAAAGAGGCUAUUAAAAGAUGAUGGUACAAAGGUCACUGCAGUAAAGAAAAUGAGGGCAGUUGCAGUGGAAUUCUAUCAACUUCUGUUGGGUAAUAAGGAUGCAGCAGUACAGGGUAAAGACGUUGCUUAUUAUAGAAGUUUUUUGAAGCACACUCUUGAUGCAGAAGCAUCAGCUUCCUUAAUGACUCCAGUAACAAGAGAAGAAAUUAGAAAGGUAUUCAAGAAUAUGCCAAAUGAUAAAGCUCCAGGGCCGGAUGGUUUUCCAGCUGAGUUCUAUAAGGGUGAUUGGACUAUAAUUGGGGAAUCUGUGGAGGAAGUUGUGCUAGAGUUCUUUCGAACAGGCAUAAUGCCAAAACAUGUAAAUUCCACUAUCUUAACUUUAAUCCCUAAGCUGCCAGUAGUAGAUCGAAUGAAAAAUUUAAACCAAUCUCUUGUUGCAAUGUAAUGUAUAAAGGGAUAUCUAAAAUACUUGCAACUAGGCUGGCAGAUAUACUCUAGUCCUCUUGUUUUGUCUAGCUACGCGUGAAAGAAGCGCUUGGUGGGAGGCAACCCAACAUUUUUAGGUGUUUUUUUUGUUGGUCUCCUUGUGAAGCUCUCUCCCUCCAAACUGGUCCACCUCUAGUCCGACUUUCAUUCGCCAAUUGAUUCAAUAACUUUGUUCCACCCUUCUCUAUGCUCCACGGAGGACAAUGGUGUGCUUAAGUGUGAGGGUGUGUACAUAUAUGUAUGAUUGGCAUGUGAAUAAUUAGUGUGAAUGGACGAUUUGAAUGUGUUGGAGCCUUGUGAUGGCCAAAUUCCUACAAUUUGAGAGUUGCAAUCACUUGUGUAUGAAUGAAUGAAUGAAUGAUGAAUGGCCCAUAUUGAGAUUUGUUUUGGAACCUAGAUUAUUGCUUAAAUUAAAAAUAUUAGGGGUUCCAAUCACAAUUGUUCCUAACAUUAUCUUGCUUAGUGUUCUUAGAGUUGUUUGAUGAUUGGUGGUGUGAACUAUAGGUAAUAGUGAGGUUCCAUGAGAAUCCUUGAUAAUGAGUGGCUUUACUUCAAUUACCUCUUGGUCAUGUGAAAGUGUUUGUAUGGAGUUUAGGACAUGUGUGUGAGAGUUCCCAAGUAGGACUCCUUAAUGGUUUGCAAAAGGUUCUCCAAUUUGAUUUUUUUUGUUCUUUCGAAAAAUUAUGGUUCUCACGUGAGAAGCCACCAUGCAUAGCCUUUGAUUUGAGCUGUCAGAGGGCUAUUCUCUCAGUCCAGAGUGUCAUUGAGGAUGUGUUUGGGAUUCAGAUAGCUUUCUAGCAUCCCGAUCAUCUUUCACUACCUUCCAUCCCCCAAACACCCCUCCUACUCACAGACUCGUAUAGCAAGAAACAAAGUCUAUUUUAGAGAGUCGCGAGACCUCGACUCUUGUUUGCACACGACAUGUGUGGCAACUCGUUUAUCUUUGAGACAUAGAAGCUAAGUGCAUGAUGGGAAGAAGUGCUCGGGCAAUGAAUCCGACCAUCAUCUUCCCCACAUGGGGCCUUGAUAGGGGAGACAAUGUUUCUUUCACUCUUGGUCACGAGAGAGAGAGAUGGAUUUAUUUGAAAAAUUGCUAAGUGGUGUCGUACAUGACAAGUUUAAGUUGAGUCCUCUUUUGAAAAGUGGGAUCACCACCAUGGAAUACUGGGAUUUUCGAUUUUUUCUAUGAGUCCUGCAGUGCACAAGAUUCUAGACCUUCUUAAUUGACAAGGUCCUCAACAGAGAGUGUGCUUGGCACAAAGAGAUGCAAGUAAAGUUUACCCAACUUAGAUUAUUAUUGAGCCACCAACAAUGAUUGAUAGUGCAUACCAUUGUUUUUGUCGUACAAGUUGUACUGGUUUGAGCAGAUUUGCUUGGGGACAAGCAAACGUUCAAGUGUGGGGGUUUGAUUUGGGUUAGAUUACACACUUUUAUACCCCUUUACUUGCGACAUUUUAUGCAUUUUCAUCAUCAUUGGAGCCAGAUUACGCAGUGUUUGUUCGUUGUUUUAUCAUAUUUCAUACCUAAGCACAUAAUAUUGGCACCGAGAUCAAAAGUCGGACAAAAGAGGGCGAAAUUGGAGCAAAAUGGUAAAAAAUGCGAAGGUCAUGGCAAGGCGGAGAUUAUCAUGGGUGGCAGACCGUGAUGUCAAAACUUAGACCGUGAAGAUCGCAAUGUUCCAGGAGGGUUUGUAGAGCUCACAUGCACUACAAAGUCACGGUCUACUGACCGUGAAGUAAACAAGAAGACCAUGAAGUUAGCUAGUGAAACUACACGUUUUGUGCCAAGAUCACUGUUUCGCUGCCAACUUCACGUGUGUGAAGUUGGACAGUGAUUUUUACAGUGGGGAGCUAUAAAUAGGAGAGUGAGCUGAAGGAAGAAAUGAGUGAGUCCUAGAGAAAGAUUGGAGCUUCUUCUUCAAGAUUUAGAGAGAGAGAGAGAGAGAGAGAGAGAGAGAGCUACGAGCUAAGAAAGAAUGAAGAAGGAAGGAGAAUUUCACAUACCCAAGGCUAGAGGAAGGUUGAUUUCUUCUUUGAAGGUUGAAUCAAUCUUCUUAAAAGAAGGAAGAUAAACUUUCAAUAGUUUUUUAUUUUAUCCUAUUUGUAUUUUCUCCUCUAGCUAUUGAGUAGUCUUCAAUUUCACUUGGAUGUUGUGAACCCUAGUCUGGAUGUGUUAGAUUGUAGGAAUUAAACUCUACGUGUGUUGAGUUUGUGAUUUAUACAAUGAUUGAGCUAUUAUUCAUGAAAUUUGGGUGUUUGUUGAUCAUAUCUCUCAAAUUAGGGACAAAUGGACCUAGAAGGAGGAAAUCCACUUAUAGCCCAAUUUUGGCAAUUCGCAUAACUUUCUCUAAGGGAAUUCGGGUCAUCCCUCGAUCAUCAAAGUAGUUCCAUGAUUUAGUCUUGAUCGGUUAGUUUUCUUCAUUUCAGAUUAACUUGCGAGGGAGUGGUUUCGCAAUCCUUAGUCAAUUAAUUAAGAGAGUUGGGGUUUCCUAACUAAUUGUAACCUACUUACGGUAUAUUAUCAGACUUAUCACACUAGAGUUUCAUUCGUUGUAUCUUGAAACGAGGUUAGGGGGAGCAAUGUCUUAAUGAUUCUUUCUCAAUCAAAUUCACCAAAUUUUAAUUGCUUGCUUAUUUAAUUUACUUAGGGCUUGUUUGCUUGACGAAUUUGGUUAUGCAUUUGGUGAGGGAUUUGGAUCUAUCAUGGACUUUAUCCAAAAUCCAUUGUUUGCUUCAUGCAUUUAGUGGCAACAAAUUUGUGGGUCCCACGAACUUUAAGGGCCCAAAUCUGUGGACCCCACGGGCGUACGGUAGGCUAGGGUACGUCCGGGCGUACGCUAGCAUUUGCUAUAUAUAUAUAUAUAUUAGGUUCAGGCUAGUGUACGCCCGGGCGUACGUUAGACUACAGUACGCCCGUUUGAGUUUUAUAUCAUGAAUUAGCCAGAGUUUUGGGCAUGAUACUAUACCCUAACCACUAAUGGAUAAACCCUAGUCCCUAGUUUUCUAACCCAAAUCAUGAGAUUCGUUUAAUCUUAAAAUGAAAAUCAACAAUAAUU